AUGCUUCAUGUCACAUUGUGGUUGAACUCAACACUUGAAGCAAUAAGUCUUGGGGUGCCUAUGGUGGCAUUGCCACAAUGGAGUGAUCGGCCAACAAAUGCCAAAUUUAUUGAAAGUGUUUGGAGGGUAGGAGUGAGAGCUAAAAGGGAUGAGAAAAUGAUUGUUACAAGAGAAGAAAUUGAGAGGUGUGUAAGGGAGGUAAUGGUUGGAGAAAAAAGUGAUGAAAUUAGGAUUAAUGCCUCUAAGAUGGGAGAGCAAGCUAAAAGGGCAGUUGCUAAUGGUGGGAGCUCAGAUAUUGCUAUCAACAAUUUUGUUGAAGUGUUGAUGAAAGGGAAGGGAACUAAGCUUAAUCAAUCAGAUAUCAUAUAA